AUGGGUAUGCUGGCAUUUGUUACGUUGUGUGCAAUUAAGCAAAUGGCUUGGUACACGUGUUUCUAUGGUAUCAAUGCAGCUCACUUAUAUGCGGACAAGCUAUGUCGAAGCCUUGGAUGCAUUAAGUCAAUAUUAAAUUACCUUCAUUCUUUGAUUGAGGAUGCUCAUGGCAAAGUUGAGAAGGAAAUAAUCAUAUCACACCCCUCACUCUGUGUUAUACAGGGAAUUUUACAGUCAAAAACCAGCUCAGGUAAUUCAAAGGUGUUGAUCUUGGCAGAGCAAGUUUUCUGGUGGUCCUUGAAGAGUUUGUUGAUGUCAAUGGUAUUAUCCUGGAAUGAGUUAUCAAGUUUCUGCACAAAUACAGAUCCAUCAGAUUCCUAUAAGAUGGAUUCUCAGCGGAUUUCAGAUUGGUGGUUGGUGUCUCAGGAGAAUGUUUCUGCAUCGUUUCCAUUCAACAAGUUAAACCUUAUUGUGGAAUAUGGAGGCUUUUGUGGCUCAUCUAGAGUAUCUUCUUUUACCCCCAACUUAGUUGGCUUGACUCAUCUUCACUUUCUGAAGAUUGAACUGGAUGCCUCUAGUUCUUCCAAAGCACUUUGUGAAGGGGUUGAUCUUCCCCAGACUAAAAAGAAGUUGAUGGAAGGGGAGUUUUAUUCAAUCUUGGGUCCCAAUGAUAAUGUGAAUUAUGAGAAAUUGGAGGACCUACUGAACUUUAUACCAAUUGAAGACAAGCAUAAUAAGGGGUCUGUCAACAGUGGGGAUAAAGAAGUACACUGUAUGCCUCAGCCAGUUGCAGUUGACACUAAUCUAACUUUGCAGAGAAUGGCGGACAUAGUAAUUAUUGUGAACAUGCAAAACUUUGAUAAGGAAAUGAUUGUAUCCAGAAGAAGUACAUAUAACAAAAUUCUUGCAAUGGAGAAAGGAGGAGCUCAAGUAGUUGAACGUGAUUCAAAUCUUCCUGUGGAUGUCAUAAUUAGCUCUGCAAUUUGCUUAGUAUGGUAUGAUUGCAGAAACAUCGAAAGAAAAGCUGCCACUUUGGAUGAAGCAUCCUCGUGCUUACAAUUGUGCAUUGAGAAUAUUGCAACUAAUUUUUUAACAUUGCUGAGUUUUGCUUUCAGUGGCUGUUUCCUGGUCUUCGUGGGAGACAAUGGCUUCCUUUCCACUGUAAUGGACUCCUCAGCUGAACUCUAUGCAGCAGCAGCAAGUUUGGGGAUCGACUUCCAGCUAUUUUGUUCUUAUUCAUCUGAAACAACUGAUGAAAUAAUACUGAACUGCAUUGACUAUGCUGCUAAGAUGAACAGGGGCCUGUAUCCAAAGAUGCCUGAUUCAGAAACUCUUGCGGAAUCAUUCCUUACUAGAUUUCCGUCAGUUAAUCCUUUGACGGCACACGCAAUACUCUCUUCAGGAGGAAUGCUCAUUGAGUUCCUUGAGUGGUCACAUGAACGCAGGAUUCAUGCGGUUCAAAGGUACGGUGUAUCAGAUGACAGUAUUGCUCUUUUCAGUGCUUUGUGCAGGUACGGUGAGCGGGAGGACCCAAAAUCUAUAAUGACAGAGUGCUCUUCUUCUGUAUCUUCUGGUCCUGACUUGGACAAUUGUCAUUAUAAUGUUGGUUCUAAAGGAAAACAAGGCAAACACAUAAAUAGCCCUGAUAAAAUCAGCACAAUUAUGGAUGAAACCCUGCAUUUCGAGCCUUUGAACCAAUGCAAAGAUGAUUUCCUGCAUCCUUCUGGACUGUCUAAGUCAUGUGACUCUUGGAUGUCUACAGGUUCUGAGAUGUCCAAGGAGUACAAAAGGCCCAGUUCAUCUUUAAAUGAUAUAUUUGAUCAAAUGCAGGAAUAUAAUUUCCCCCCUCAAGUUCUUGCGCAAUAUGAUUCUCACAUCUAUGAAGGUCUUAAGAUGUUAAAAGAGGUAAAGAGGCCCAAACUCAGUGAACCCUCGAAAGAUAAUACAUGGGGUUACAACCUGGGAGAAAAUAUGGCUAUGCUGAAUAGUUUGGACUGGCAAAACAUCAAUGACUUUGAAAAUCGGCAUGAAGACCUUCUAGGUGAAGUUACUGACAUUGUUGACAGUCCAAUGUCUGGUGAGGGUUUCUCUUGCUUUGGUAACUCUAUUCGUUUCUCCUCUUUGGUGUCAGAGAUAGAGAAGGAUUCUACUAGAAAGUCCAAAUUUGCUAGAAGACUGUCAUUUUCCAAAGGCACUCAUACUGUUUUCCCAUAUGUUUCGGAGAUCAACGCUGGUUCAGAUAUGUUGAGUUCUGUAACGUGUCCUAGACAAAGUUUCGUAGGAACUAAUGGUAAUCUAGAAAAAGGUUCCAGCAACCAAGAAAAACCCGUAUGGGAUGUUUUAGCUCGAUCUGCUGCUUGCAAAGACUCAUUACUAAAAAAUGAUGCAUCAAAUCAUAGUGCAACAUCACUCUCAAAGGCCAUUCUUUCAAACCAUCCACAACAAGGUUCACCUUGGACGAUAGAAUUUCUUAACAGAGUCAGAGAGAAGAGCAGAUUCCGUCAGCAGAAUCUUCCUUCUGCUACAUCUGCUUCACCCUUAGGGAGAUCAGGAAAUAUAGCAAAAGCUCCUAAGAGAAGAAGUCCUUCAAUUCUUGAAUUUUUCAAAUACCAAGGAGGUAACACUCCUAGGAAAAUACUAGAACAAAGGAGUCAGAAAAGACGUCCACAAGCAACCAGAUCAUCUAAGAAUGAAAAGAAUUCAUCCUCCCUUGUUCAAACAUCGACACCUAUUGAUAAGUGAGCAAGACAGACUUUAUCUUUUGAAAUGAAUGGAAGUGGAAGUCAAACUAAGUUGGUUUGGAAUGAAGGAGGAGCUCAUGGUUUGAGCAAAAAGCUUCGCUAUUAGUAAUCAUGAUUGAAACAAAAAGGGUAGACCCAUUUCUGGAACUAGCAGGUUAGUUCUCGAUAAUUCUGCCCAGCAGCAGUGUCUUUUCUGUCAGAAAAUAGAUUUAAUACAGAGAUAAACGAUCUUAUCUACAUUUUACUUGUUUUAUGCAGAUCAUCCUUUAAAUAUUCAAUGAACUUGGUGCAGUUGUGACCCAUUUUUCAAGAAUGUAUCCAAAAGGCUCAAUUGUAAGCUCCAAAAAGCACGGUCCGUAUGCCACGAAUAUUUGAUCGGCCAUAAAUUUUGAACUGAGUAGCGCGCAGGCAGUUAGCAUUUAUAAAAACGCUUCAGAGGCUAGUCCAUGAUUGAAUCUCAAAAUGAAUUUAUACUUGGACUAAAACUUUUU